AAGAGUAAGUGAACUAAGAGUAAGAGUAAGAUUACUAAGAAUCAAGAAGAGCAAGUUAGUAGUUUAACUCUUAUCAAGUUAGAACUCUACAUCUGGUCUAGCGUGUAAGUUAGUUAGAAGUAUAUAACAGUAUGAGUAAUCACUCACUUAGACUUAGACUUAGUUACUUUGUUUCAAUUUGUUAAGUUCCUAAAUAUCGAACUAUUGUAUUUGUAUGUAUGUAGUGUAGGCAUAUCCAUAUGCCUAUUAUUGCCAACUACUAUUAUAUUACUAUUUAUAGUAAGUCCUUCAAUCACUCGCGCCUGAAGUUGAAGAAUCGUGUAGGGUAUGAUAUAAUUAUAAUAGUAAGAUAAAUUAUCAUUUUUUAAACCUAUCACUAUUAAAUAAUUCUCAAUUGUGAUACUGAUUAAUAAUAAUAUUAAUUAUAAAAUCAAUCCAUGAUGACAAAUGAUGAGGUAUUUGUAUUGAUGAUUGAUGUGAUCUCAUUAAAUGUUUUAGAGUAACAACAACAAAAUACAAAACAUAAUCAAAAACCCUCCAAGUCUAACAACAUACUACUCUGUUAAUUGGUUAAUCAAUUAAAUUUAUAAUAAUAUUGACAGCAUUUGAUGGUCAGCAAGUUCAUUUAUUCAUUGAAGGCAUUGAAUCUUGCUAUCAAUAAAUUAAUAUCAAUGAGUAGGUUCAGAGAUAUUACUAUUACUUCAUAAGACAUAAGGAAGGAUAUUUAUUAAUUGAUUGUAUUUUAAGUUAUAAAGCAUGUCAUAAUAGUAUGGGUAGGUCAAAUGUCAAUAUAUAUAUUAUACAUUUAUUUUCUUUACAAUGAAAUGGCAUAGAACAGAUGACUGAGUUGAUGGAUCAAUUUUAUUUAUAAAAAUUUAUUUCUGAAAUUUAUAACACAUUUCAAUUAAAAUUGCUUGAAUUUUCUAUAAUUAUAAUGAAAUUCAAGUUAUCUUUUUAGGGAAAUAUAAUUCUAAACAAAUUUACAUUUUAAUUUUUAAAAAUCCCUGUUCACUACUUCACAGGAAGAGGUGAUUUGAACUGUUGAUUAGAAAAAAUGGAACCUAUGGAUUUGGAUAGUGAUGGUGAUUCAAGUUUUAGAUGGUCGCACCAGAGAUACUCUACUGGCCUUCAGUCUCCCCUUCCAGCCAACAAUACUCGCUCUGGCUCUGAUGUUUCUGAUAUGGAUAUUGAUGCACAUUCUCCAAUGCAUAAGCCAAAUGAUCUUAAGUCUUCAGCCUCCUGGGAUUGUAUUAGUAAUGUACUAAGUUCAGUUUUAUCCAUUAAACAAGGCUGUGAUAGUGAUACAAAUGACUUUGCUGAACAAUCUCAAGAAACAAAACCCACAACUUUUGGUAAUAUUGAACUGCCUGCAUUACAUAUUUCAAAUAUGACCAAUGAACAUACUAAUCCAAGGGACCCAACUCUUACAAAUGUGCAAGGUGCCGCUGCUUUAAAAAAUGGAAUUAAAAAGCCAGGGUAUGGUCUCCCGGAAGAAGAUCCUUUGUUUGCUCAUUUCCCUCAAUCCCACAGUAAGACCAGUGAUGAAAAUGUCUCUUUUCGAAGGAGACCUAUACUGCAAUCACUAGAUAGAAAGCCUGUGCUUCCAAAUAAUAUAAGUAUAAGGCCGCUUGUCAAGAAACUCUCAGACAUAAAUUCUCAGGAGCUUUCAGAAAGUGGUUCUAGAAGAUUUUGCAGCUGCAAACAGUUUUUCCUUUUAUUUUUUGUGUGCAUAAUUUUUGGCCUUGUUGCUUAUGUGAUUUAUUUACAAAAGCAAAUUUGCAGAUCGGACAACUUCUUUAACAAAAAGGUUUUAGAAAUAGAUUUAGAAGCAAACGUUUUUGGUCAGCAUAUUGCCACUAAAAUUAUACCUGAUAAAAUUGAUGAAUACAUGCAUAGAUUCCACACGAAUCAUGAUCUUUCACUGUCUGCCUUUGAGUAUGAACUACAAAAAGCUCCUCUUUGCAAACCCUUGGUUCUUUCAUUUCAUGGGUGGACAGGCGUUGGCAAAAAUUACAUAAGCAAGAUUAUUUCUGAUUCAUUUAAGCACUCCAAAGUUUCUCACUUCAUCAUGCCAUUCCAUUUCCCUCACAGAACAUAUGAAAGUUUGUACAGGGACCAAAUAGAGCAAUGGAUAGUCGGCAACACCACAUCAUGUGUAGUCAACGUGGUUGUGGUUGAUGAAAUGGAUAAAGCUUUCCCCAAUGUUGUUGAAGGUAUUGCCAAUGCCAUCACUUCCUUAACUCAGCCCUGCUCACUUGCCACUCCAACUUUGAUCCUUUUGCUCUCAAAUUCACAUGCAGUUGAUAUCAACAGAGCCUUUCUAAAAUUUCUUAGCACCUCCACUGACAAAAAAAGAGAAGAGUUUUCUUUAGAAGAUCUUGGCUCAAUUUUUUAUGAUAAUUCUGAGUGGUGGUACUCUUAUCUCUUUGACAAGAAGCUUCUAGAUGCAUUUGUUCCAUUCUUACCCCUAGAGAAGACACACGUCAUUCAGUGCAUCAGAAGAGACCUGGUGGCUAAAAGAUUCUCCACAGACUCUCAGAGCAUUGAUAAAAUUCUCAAAGAACUCAGCUUUUCAAUGUUUGGAAACCUGGAGCUUUCUAGCACAGGGUGCAAGAGAGUAGCAGACAAAGUGGAUUACAUCAUGCUCGAUAAGCCUUGAUGUGUUCAUGAACUCUAACCUUUGUAUCAGCAUUUACUUUGUUUUUUAAAAUUUUGAUGGCUUUGUGCUUAUUUAAUCCAUCAUUGGAUUAGAAAGAAUUGGAAAACAAAUAUUCAAAAAGCUUUUUGAUUGUUUCAUACAAACAAUUGGUGUUGUAAAAUGGUGUUAGUAAUAUAGCCUACAUUCAGCUUGAAAACUUUACUGAGCAUAGUUAAAUUAAUUUCCUUGUAACUUAAGAUUAAAAUACUUUUGUAUACCACCACAGAAAACUUGGGGGUCAUCCAUUAAUUAUGCGUGCCCUGAGAGGGGGUGUUGAUCAGAUCAGCAUUGUGAGUGGGGUUGGGGGGAGGUGCUAAACAAGCUCAAAUACAUCAUUGGCGACCGUCAAUGUAAUCUUAACCAAAUGACGUCACUGACAUAAUUGACUAACAUAAAAAUUUACUUCUUUGGAAGUGUUGCCUGAAGACCUGUCAGAAUGUUUGUUGUUUACCGGUACUUGAAAGUUGAAUACUUAAGUGUGUGAAAAUGUACCAAAUUACUAUGUAUUUAUUAUUAUUUUUAUUAUGUUUACUUGACCUUUGCUUCAUUUCAUCAUAACUUUUAUAUAAUUUGUAAUUGUUAAUUUAUUAAAUUUAUUUAUCCUACUCAUGACACAACUUAUUCUAUAUUUAAAAAGGUGUUACAUAGAUAUAUUUUAGUCCUUUUUAAAGAAGUAAAUAACAUCUGUUUAUCCUGGUACGGUUGACCUUCUUUCUCAACAAUGGGUGUGGCAAAUAAAAGAAUGUUUAAUGUUAAAGUGUGUUUCUUUUAAUUUUCACUACCCCAUUGCUUCAUAGUAAAAAUAAACCAAAUAUAAAUAAGCAGUUGGGGGUUGGUUGAUUUAAACAGUUUAUUAAGGAAAGGGGGCUACCAGUACUUCAUAGUUACAGUCGUUU